AUGUCCAGCAAACAUCAGCUCCUGCUGGAAAGCCUGGGACGCCUGAGCGGCAGCCCCAUGCUCUCCAAGGGGGCUGGUGAGCACAGGAGCUGCGUGGUGGCCUCCUGGAAGAUGUUCCAACACGCGGUCUGGCUGGGCGUGAAGCGUGGCCACUUCCCGGGCCCGGAAACCUGUGACUAUUACCAGGUAGAGAGUGAGCCCCAGCCGCGGGCCUCCUCCUGUGCGCACAGCCAGCCUCGGCGCGUCCUCCAAGCUGCCCUGAGCCCUGCCCCGGCCAUGGCUGUGCAGAUGUCCCUGUGGCACCGCUGCCCGCAGGCCAUCCGCUCGAGGGGGGCGCCCCGGGCGCAGGACUUCCAGCGUGCGGAGAACGUGCCGCUCACGGUGCUGGAGCGCGUGCAUGAGCUGGACCCCCGCUUCCUCGUGGACUGCUCCCGUGACCUGGAGGCCUUCCAGUUCGCUCUGCGCUCCUCGGAGGACCCAGUGGCCAUGGAGGUGCCCCUGUGGGUGGAUGCCGAGGCCCUCCUGGUUGAGGAGGGGGGCGCUGCCGAGGCAGGGGAGGGCCCCGCGUCCUGCCGCCUGGGAGUCUCCAGGGAGGGGCCCGGUCUGGAGCGGUGGACGGCCGAGGACGUGUCUAGCGUCUCCUCGGAGGGUGGCGGCAAGUGCUGCGGCCGCCUUGUGCCCAGCAAAGUCCUGCGCGUCCUCAAGGACCUUCUGGUGGCGGCCCUUGUGCACUGCAAGCUCCAGAGCUCAUCACACCAGGUGGCCGCCAAGCGGCCAUGGGCCCACAACUGCCUGGUGACCUGGGGCCAGUGGCCACCUUCGCGGGGCAGCCGGAGCCUGUCGUUAGGCACGCCCAGAGCCCCGGGCCCUUCCACGUCUUCUCUGCUCAUCUUCCUCUACCCCGAGUGGAAGCUGCUUAAGGACGCCGGCCUGGACCUCAGCACCCUGUACCAGCAUGUGGAGCACUUUGCCGGCCAGCCGGAGGCCUCCCUGCGCAUCCACGUCACCCACCUGGGCCGCAGCCCCCCGCCGCGCAUCAGCCACGGGGUCAAGGCGCUCCUGCAGCUGCCCAGCAACCCGGCCUACUGGGCCACCGCCUACUUUGACGUCCUGCUGGACAAGUUCCAGGUCUUCAACAUCCAGGAUAAGAACCGGAUCUCAGCCAUGCAGAGCAUCUUCUGGAAGACCAAGACUCUGGACAGUGAGGAAUGCUGAGCUGCCUUCCCCUGACUCUCAGUCUUGACUGCCUGAGGCCUGGCUACAAGGCCCCACGGAGGCCAUUUGGAGAAGAGAAUGGGCUUCACCUUGCGGCAGGUGGUGGGUGGUAGACAUGUCCACAGGGACCACCUCAGACUGUCCAGGGAUGGCCUCAUGGGAGUCUGAGCAUGCUGGGCAGCAGGCCUCCGGGAGUAGCUGCCUGAUCCCCCGAGGGCCUGGGAUGAAGGUGCCUUGGGUUUCACCAGAUGUGCAUUGAUCCAUUCUGUGUGAUGUCAUCAGACUCUCAAAACCAGGCGUCUGCAUGAGACCUGGAGCUCAACGGCUUGUCCCGACCUGUGUCACAUGCUACUCUGUGGCAAUGAAAUACUAUAUAUCAGACCUUGAGUAAAUUAACACUGGAUAUACA